AUGACUAAUCAUAAUGCGUUACUCUCCGAUGCAAAAGGCAGCAUCGGAGUCGCGGGUAGGAUUUCUGUAUCGAACCAAUCUCUGUUUUCUCCGGGGGGUGGACGAUACAUCAGCAUUCCCCGGAAGAAACUUGUGCAGAAGCUAGAGGCUGACCCGAGCCAAACCCGGAUCAACACUUGGAUCGAAGCCAUGAGAGCUUCUUCCCCGACCCGGUCCCGACCUGGGAACAUUUCCUCCCUCCCCGAAUCCUCCAAUGACGAAGAAGACUCUUCUUGGAUGGCUCAACACCCCUCGGCUUUAAGCAUGUUCCAAGAGAUCGUGGAAGCUUCGAAAGGGAAACAAAUCGUUAUGUUUCUUGAUUACGACGGUACAUUAUCGCCCAUUGUAGAAAAUCCAGACCACGCUUAUAUGACCGACGAGAUGAGAGAGGCCGUGAAAGGCGUCGCUAGAUAUUUCCCUACCGCGAUUGUCACUGGAAGAUGCCGCGAUAAGGUUCGUAAAUUCGUGAAACUCCCUGGACUUUACUAUGCCGGUAGCCAUGGAAUGGAUAUUAAAGGACCUUCCAAAAAAACCAAACACAACAAGAACAACAAAGGUAUUCUUUUCCAAGCGGCGAAUGAGUUCUUGCCCAUGAUUGACCAGGUGACCAAGUGUCUAGUGGAGAAAAUGAGAGAAGUAAAAGGAGCAACCGUCGAGAAUAACAAGUUCUGUGUCUCCGUACAUUACCGUUGUGUUGAUCAAAAUGACUGGGGAGUAGUAGUGGAACACGUGACAUCUAUAUUGAGUGAGUAUCCAGAACUGAGAUUAACACAAGGAAGAAAAGUUAUAGAGAUCAGACCAACCAUCAAGUGGGACAAAGGCAAAGCUCUCGAGUUCUUGCUUGAGUCUUUAGGAUUCGCUCACUGUAACAAUGUUUUGCCCAUCUACAUCGGAGAUGAUCGAACGGACGAGGAUGCUUUUAAGGUACUGAGAGAGAAAGAACAAGGCUUUGGUAUACUUGUGUCCAAAGUUCCAAAGGAAACGAAUGCUACAUAUUCUCUACAAGAACCUUCCGAGGUAGAAGAAUUUUUGCGACGACUGGUGGAAUGGAAACAAAUGCCACUAAGAGGACGAUAG